AUGUUGCCCUUGCUUCGAAGCAGGAAUCUGGUGUCCUUUGUUGAUGGAACCAACCAAUGUCCUCCUGCCUUCUUGCAGAAUGAUGCUGGCCAACUCACUGAUAAAGUCAAUCCUGACUUUGAUGCAUGGAUUCAACACGAUGCUAUGGUCCUCUCUUGGAUCAACAGUUCGGUUCAUCCCACCGUUCUUGCCUCUCUUAUUAAUAAGACAAGUUCUCAUUCUGCAUGGACUUGUUUACGAGACAGGUAUGCUUCUCAGUCUACUGGUCGUCUCCUCCAAUUGCGUAGUGAGCUUAUGAAUACCCAUCGUGGUGAUUCCUCUAUUGCUGAGUUUCUUGAUCGUAUUAAUGGUCUUGCUGACACUCUCUCCCUCUCUGGUUCUCCUGUGACUGACUCUGAUCUUGUUGCCAUUAUUUUAAAUAAUGUUGGGCCUGCUUAUGAGAGUACUGUUGCUUCUGCACAAGCAAGGGAUGAGGCCAUCACUUACAGUGCCUUGGAGGCUCUUCUUCUUGGUGCAGAGAGACGUCAAAAGCUUCAUACUGUGUUUGAAAAUGGGCCCACUGCCCUUGCUGCUGGACGGGGUAGUUCAGGACCUUCUCGUGGUCGCGGUGCUUUUCGAGGAGGCCGUGGUCACUUCAAUGGCGGCCAUGGCCAGUUUCCUCCUCGUCCACAAGGCCAAGAACACCAUGCUCCUCCACCCUGA